CAUACCUCUAUAGAUAUAAUGAGUGAUACCAUUACAUAUAGUAAGUAAUCAAAAACUGAUUGCUUUUUCUAUUUGAAAUAAAGGGGAAAAUAUACCUAUUAUCCAAAAAUCAAACAAAGCAAGACAAUAAUGUGAUGGGAAAUUUUUUAACCUACAGAGAAAAUUAUGAAGAUUACCAAAUAUAGCACUGAGGGAUUGUCAUAUACUUAAGAAGGAGGAUUCACAAUAAUGGAGACCAGGUAUGUUUUUAAAAUAAUCUCUUUGGCAAGGAAGACAAUAUGAUGUAAUGUAGAAGAAGGAAUCAUCAGAUUCAGGAAGGUCUGAUUCAAGUCUUGCCUUUGACAUAUUGAUGUCAAAGUGUGCCCACAUAAGUGUGAGCAAAUCAUUUAAUCUCCCAGUGCUAUUUUGCAAUGCUUAACAGCUAUAAAUUGCAGAGAAGGUACUAAUCUUCAUUAAAGAAAAAUUAUAGAAGUUAUUUGUUGGAAAUUCAAUAUUUGUGUGAAAAAAACUACUACUAAUGUAUUAUUUUGAUCAAAAUAAGAUGCCUAAAAGUACAUUAAAAUAAGGUUGCUCAAAGGAUUCCAUACUCAUACAUUUCAAAAAUGUACAAAACACUGGAUAAUAGCUUUCUUUAAAACACUUUGCCUAAAUGAUCUUUUUGUCUCUGUCACAGAAGUAUGAUAAACAAUCAGACAGUGGUUAAAGAAUUCAUUCUGAUGGGAUUUCCUGUUGGCCCCGACAUGCGAAUGUUUCUCCUUGGACUCUUCUCUCUGCUAUAUGCCUUCACCCUAAUGGGGAAUGGAGUAAUCUUAGGACUCAUCUCUCUGGAGGCCAGACUCCACACCCCCAUGUAUUUUUUCCUCUCACACUUGGCAAUAGUUGACAUUUCAUAUGCCUGUAACACUGUGCCUCAGAUGCUAGCAAACCUGCUGGACCCAGUCAAACCCAUCUCAUAUCCUGGGUGCCUAACUCAGACAUUUCUCUUUUUGACUUUUGCCCUCACAGAAUGUCUUCUCUUGGUAGUAAUGUCUUAUGAUCGCUAUGUGGCAAUCUGCCACCCCCUCAGAUAUACUGUCAUCAUGAAUUGGAGAAUGUGUAUCUCUCUAGCACUCACCUCUUGGGCCCUUGGGUUCCUUCUGGCCUUGGCCCACCUAAUUUUAUUGCUGCCAUUGCCUUUCUGUGGUCCCCAGAAAAUCAAUCACUUUUUUUGUGAAAUCUUAGCUAUUCUCAAACUUGCUUGUGCUGACACUCAUAUCAAUGAGAUCUUGGUCUUGGCUGGGGCUGCUUCUGUGUUGGUGGGACCCCUUUCCUCAAUUGUAAUCUCCUACAUGCGAAUCCUCUGUGCAGUCUUGCGUAUCCAGUCAAGGGAAGGCAGACAGAAAGCUUUUUCUACAUGCUCCUCCCAUCUCUGUGUAGUAGGACUCUUCUAUGGCACUGCCAUCAUUAUGUACAUUGGACCCAAGCAUGGGAACCCCAAGGAGCAAAAGAAAUAUCUUCUUCUGUUCCAUAGCCUAUUUAACCCAAUGCUGAAUCCCCUUAUUUACAGUCUAAGGAACCAUGAAGUAAACGGUGCCCUAAAGAGAGUUCUAGGGAAAGGAAGACCAUUCUAAAAGGUUUAACAAUUAGAAUUCAAUAAUUAUGAU